UCGACCUUGCCAACAAUUUUCAAUCCAGCUUCUGCAAAUGUCCAAUCUCGGCUCCAACCGAGGGUCAUCCUACAGAUGGCAGACAAAACGAUCAACCUGAGAUUCCAGGCCCAUUUGCGCACUGCGUCUCCAGAUCCCGAUGCUGGACUUCGAGGUCUCUCCCACUAUGAGAGACGACUCCCAAGAUGGCGAUACCAUCUCCGUCAAGCGCUUAUUCCUAUCGUUCGGAAGGAGACUGCAUAUCUGGCCAAGGUUCAGCAGGCCGCACGAUCGCCUCUGCUGGAUUCUUACUUUGCAAUGACUGCCAACCUUGGAACGCACACAUUCUUCAUGACUGCACUGCCCGUCUGUUUUUGGUGUGGUUACCCUGUUCUUGGCGUCGCGCUGGUGCAAAUGCUUGCAGCUGGUGUAUAUCUCAGCGGGUAUGCCAAAGACAUGGUAUGUCUGCCCAGACCACUGUCGCCGCCUCUGCAACGAAUCACCAUGUCUGGUUCGGCAGCUUUAGAAUAUGGGUUUCCUUCGACGCAUACAACAAAUGCUGUGUCCGUGGCCGUGUACUGCCUACAUUACCUUUGGACGACGCAAGACCAAUUCUCCACCUGGGCAUAUGUGCUUAGUGUGCUUGGAUGUCUCUCUUAUGCCACAUCUAUCAGCAUCGGGCGUAUGUACUGCGGCAUGCAUGGCUUCUCGGAUGUCAUAUUCGGAGCUAUACUAGGCGCCUUGAUUGCAGUUUGCAGAGUAGCUCUGGGACCGGCUUUUGAUGCAUGGCUAUUGGCUGAUGGCUGGACUCGACCAGGCCUCGUGGCUUUCCUCAUGGCGCUCGCCGUGCGGUUUCAUCCAGAACCUGCCGAUAACUGCCCAUGCUUCGAUGACAGCGUAGCCUUUGUCGGAGUGGUCAUGGGCGUAAGCAUCGGGAUUUGGAACUAUGCGCAAAUGCAAAGUGCACUGGAUGGUUCAGCACCUGCACUCGAUAAUAUGUACCUUUUUGAGAAUUGGGAUAUUUUCAAAGUUGGCGCACGUUUGGUUUUGGGAAUUGUAAUGAUAUUUGCCUGGCGUGCAGUCACGAAGCCUUUGCUCUUACGCACGCUUCCUCCCACAUUUCGUUUCGUCUCACACUAUGGUGUGCAUAUCCCUCGACGAUAUUUCCUACAAUCAAGGGAUUACAAGACCGUACCGUAUCUACGUAAAGAUGAUAAAGUCCUCCCACCCGCCUCUGAUAUCCCUAGCAUGCUCAAUGCAAUUCGGCGACGGAAACGGACCAUCUCAGUCGGACCGCAAUCUGAAGCCGAUGCCAGAGAGCUGAUCGCAAAUCGCGAACAAGCACGAAGACCAAAACUGCAAUCAUCAACAUCAUCUCUACAGGUGCCGCGUUCUUCAGCUCACGAACAGGCUCUCGUGAUGACACCAGAAGAGCCCCACGAUGAGUCGACAUCGUACCUUGCCGUCACACGGAGUGAUGCUCAUUUCUCGACGACCACAACGAAGGAUACCAGGAACACCACCCGUGCAUCUCUGCUGACGCCGCCGGCGAGUGAUAAUGGCACUUGCAGUGAUAGUGGAAACGAAGAAGAGAAGAGUGAUCGGCGCAUGUUCUCCAACAUUGAGAAGCCCCGGGUGAGGUAUGAUGUCGAGGUGAUUACCAAGUUGGUAGUGUAUGCUGGUAUUGCUUGGCUGGCUGUGCAAGGCAAUCCGCUUUUGUUUGAGAAGUUGGGGAUCAUAUGACGAGAGAAAUGGUAAUGGUAAAGGUCACUGGUGGUUUGUGGAAAGGGAACGAUACCAGUACCUCCUAACUCCUACCUCCUAGAUGCUUUUAAGUUUAUAUAAUAAUAAGCGUGUACGCGGGCUAUGAUGAAGAGGGCGUCGAAUUCGAG